AUGGAUUUGUUACAGGAGGCUGAUAUGCUUCAUUCUAAAUCGGCUAGAACUCCUCUGGAUAGUAAACUUCAACUUACUAUGGAUGGCGAAUCUCUGGGGUCUUUUCACGUUUAUCAAAGAUUGGUAGAGAAGCUUAUCUAUCUUACAAUAACUCGCCCAUACAUUAGCCAUGCAGUCAGUAUUGUCAGUCAAUUUAUGCACUCUCCUAUCGUGGCUCACAUGAAUCUUGUCAAACGAAUUCUUUGUUAUCUCAAAUGGUCCAUUGGUCGUGGUAUUCUUAUGAAGAAUAAUGGUCAUUCUCAGAUUCUUGGUUAUACAGAUGCGGACUGGGCCGGGAAUACUCUUGAUCGAAAAUCAAUGACAGGAUAUUGUGUAUUUGAUGGUGGUAACUUGGUCUCGUGGAAAAGCAAAACGCAAAUGGUUGUUGCUCAUUCUAGCGCAGAAGCAGAAUAUUGUGCCAUGGCCUCUACUGCUUCUGAACUCAUAUGGUUAAAAGCAUUGCUAGCCGACUUAGGUAUCUCUCAUGCUCAAUCUAUGACUUUUUGCUUUGACAAUCAAGCAGCCAUGUUUAUUGCUUCUGAUCCGGUCAUUGCUACUCAGUACACUUGCAGUCAUGAUCAACUCGCGGACAUAUUUAUCAAGGCUUUGCCUUCGGACCAGUUUCAUCGCAUUCUUUUCAAGCUUGGUUCAAUUAAUCUUCUUGACCCAGCUUGA